GUCCCAAACACCAAUCUCCGAGUUCUGAUUUUCCAUUAAAAAUUGCACCUUCCCAUUGAUUAAACCCGAAACCAAAACCAACAAAGCGGAGAGGAACCACCCGCAGAACCUCCUUCCUUGCAUCAAACCCGACCCGACCCGAAUAGCGUCCCACCCGAACCGCUCCUCCGCAACGGAAACCACUAGGCCCAGGCUCAGCACCGCCAUCAGGUACACCUCAGCCCCCGAACCCAGUGCCCGAACCAGAACCCGAGACCAAGGCGACACGAACGCUGAGCCGAGGACACGUGCCACGGGAGCGAAAGCCAGCAGGAUGGCGUAGACGAAGAUGGCGGUGACGGCGGGGCGCUUCCAGUUGUUCCUGACGGCGGAGCUGACGGUGACGGCUUUGCCUUGGACGGCGGAGACGGCGGCGUGGAUGGAGGAGACGGCGGCGGCGAGGGAGAGGGGGAAGCAGAGGAGGGAGAAGAGGGCUCUGGUGCGGAGGAGCGAAACGGCGUCGUGACGAGACUCGUGCCAAACAUGGGUGGCCUCGACACGGGUGGAGGCCGCACGUGCGACGGCUUCAAGAUGGUAGAUGUGGGAAGCGAGGGUGUGGGUGGAGAUUGCGAGAGUGAAGGUUAGAAAGGAGAGAGGAAGCGUUGCGAAACAGAGGAUUGAGGAAAAGAGGAGUUUGUUGGUGUUUAGCAAACGGAGAGAGUCGAUUAGUAUCUUUAGUGGGGAAAUACAACACCAUAUUGCAUCCCACAUCUUCUCACAUUGAAUUGAAUCCCACUCUCGUUGAGGUUUUCAAUUGUUACUCCUUUUUGUGGAAACACCCAUCACCACAUGGGAGGUCUCAAUUUCUUUGUCCUCUUAUCUUUCAUUGACAAGACCCCCACAACUGUUCUUUUUUCUUUUUUUUAUUCAUAUUCAUGAUUAAAUAAUAAUAUAUACUUUUUAUAGAAAAGCUAUAAUUGUUAUAUAUGUAACUUUCUCUAUCUUUCGAAUUGUUUUUCCUUCUUUUAUACUACAUGGUUUAAUUUAAUAUUGUACUCCAAUAUUUUUAUUUUUUUUUACUUGAUCACAUGCUUUCUUAAAUUAUAUAUAUUUUAAUUUGUUAUUUUAUAAUUAUUUACUAUAAUAUUCUACGUUCUUGUUUCACAAGCAUAAACCAUGCAAUGCAAAUUAUUUUUGUCAUACUAUCACAUAUAACUAGUGUCUAAUUCAUGCAUGAUGUUUUAUUGAUUGAAAUAUUUUAAAUUUAUAUACAUUUGAAGUUUUCUUGUCAUACAUGAGGAGCAUUUUCGUGAUUAUGCGAGUAGGUGGGAUGGAUUUAUUACUAGCCACGAGUACAUAUGAAAAACCACAAAAACAAAGAACGGAACCACACUUUUGAAACAGAAUACCUUUAUUCGACGUUGUUCUUAGCCUAAAGCCAGGCCAAGCAGCACCUCAAUAUGUCCAUAAACUAGAAACAAAUAAACCAACCACCCAUCUCACGCCAUUUCAUUUAACCUUUCUCUCUGUCUCAUCAAUGCAUUUACAUAUGCUCCAGACAGAAACACCCCAAUAUGUUAUUUAGUGUGAUAAAUUAUUGUAUAUGUGUUAUUAUUCAACAAAUGCAUUGGAUAAAUUAAUACGUCAGAUCCAAUAGUUUUUUCCUCCUGAAUUGGAUCAAAGCAAAAACAAUGAACUUGCCGUCAUCAUCGACGACAGGAGAUACAAGCAAGACAACAACAAAGUCAUUGUCGAUUGUGGAGUCAUUUCGGGGAUGUGGCAUCUCAGGUUGUCACGGAAUUAGCAAAGAGGAGCUCAGACAAAAGUUGACAAUGCCAAAAUACCUGCGAAUUGCAAUGCGUGAUUCCAUUCAGUUUCAGGAUCCCACCGCUGGCAAGAGUUGUAGCAUUCGCAGAAUGGACGACGAGAACGUGGUUGCACCCUCCACACCUAUGAUAGUUUUCAUCAAUCCUCGUAGCGGUGGCCGCCACGGCUCGCUCCUCAAAGAGCGGUUGCAACAUCUCAUCAGUGAGGAACAGGUCUUUGAUUUAUCAGAUGUGAAGCCUGUUGAGUUUAUCCGUUAUGGGUUAGGCUGCUUGGAGAUGUUGUCUUGUUUUGGCGAUUCUUGUGCCAAAGAAACUCGUGAAAGAAUAAGGAUUGUGGUAGCAGGAGGAGAUGGUACAGUUGGGUGGGUGUUAGGAUGUCUCGCAGAACUGCACAAACAAGGUCGGGUGCCAGUUCCUCCAGUAGGGAUAAUACCACUUGGCACAGGCAAUGACCUGUCUAGGAGUUUUGGUUGGGGUGGUUCAUUUCCAUUUUCAUGGAAAGCAGCUAGUAAGAGAAGUCUUUACAAGGCUUGUAUUGGUCCAAUUUGUCGUUUGGAUAGUUGGCGCAUUUCUCUUUCAAUGCCAGAAGGCACAAUAAUAAAUCCACCACAUUCUUUGAAGAAUACAGAAGAGUUCACUCUUGACGAGGGCUUAGAAGUUGAGGGAGAACUACCUAAAAAUGUUAUAUGUUAUGAAGGCGUGUUCUACAAUUAUUUCAGCAUAGGAAUGGAUGCCCAAGUUGCUUAUGGAUUUCAUCAUUUACGCAAUGAAAAACCUUACCUUGCACAAGGUCCAAUAGCAAAUAAGAUUAUAUACUCCGGUUACUCCUGCACUCAAGGCUGGUUCUUCACACCUUGCACCAGUGAUCCAGGUUUAAGGGGACUUAAGAACAUUUUGCGGAUGCAUGUCAAAAAAGUCAAUUGCUCAGAAUGGGAGCAAGUUCCAGUUCCUACAAGCGUAAGAGCAAUAGUUGUUUUAAAUCUUCAUAGUUAUGGAAGCGGAAGAAAUCCAUGGGGUAAUCUGACACCUGAAUAUUUAGAAAAGAAAGGCUUUGUUGAAGCACAAGUUGAUGACGGACUCUUAGAAAUAUUUGGUCUAAAGCAGGGAUGGCAUGCAUCAUUUGUCAUGGUUGAAUUGAUUUCUGCAAAGCACAUAGCCCAGGCAGCAGCAAUUCGACUGGAAGUAAGAGGUGGAGAAUGGAAAAAUGCGUACAUGCAAAUGGAUGGAGAACCAUGGAAACAACCAAUGAGCAAAGACUUCUCCACAUUUGUGGAAAUAAAGAGGGAACCCUUUCAGUCACUCAUGAUUAAUGGAGAGUGAUUCUUUCUCUGAUGGUUGAUUGUUCCGUAGCUAGGAUAUUCAAUGUGUGUAUAUGUAAUCUAAUUGAUUUCUAAUUUUUAUAACACCUUUCCCAUAUCCUUUUCUAUUUCUUUUCUAUCUCUCUCUCUUUUUUCUAUCACAUGACUACAUAUCACUUUCUCUCUCUAUUCUUUCUGAGU